GAUAAAGUACUGGCGGAUGGAACAGCCAUAUUCGUUUUUUGAUUUGUGUUGAAUGGCACCCUUCACACUUUCCUUUUGGCAGUGGUGCCAAAUGUAGUGAACGAGGAACUCAGUACCGUCAAUAUGAAGGUUGUUUCACAAUAUAAAUAUCUAUUUUGUAUCAAUCAAAUUAUCCCACAAUGUUAUCAUUUAUCAUAUUCAACUCAAACAACAAGAAUAACAAAUUAUAUCCCUUUAAUUGGAUUAGAAAUUCAUGCUCAAUUAUCUGUACCCAAUAAAUUGUUUACAUAUGUACCAUAUAGUUUUGGAGCUCCUCCUAAUACACAAUUAGGUCUACAUGAUGUUGCAAUUCCUGGUAGUAUGCCGAUUUUAAAUCGACAUUGUCUUGAACUUGCUAUAAUUGCUUCUAUUGGAUUAAAUUGUAAUAUCAAUUCAAUUACACAUUUUGAUCGUAAGCAUUAUUUUUAUACAGAUUUACCUGCUGGUUAUCAAAUUACACAAUAUUAUAAACCAAUUUCAGUAAAUGGUUAUUUAGACUAUAUAUGGUUACGUGAUAAUUCAAUGAUUGAACAACCUGAUCCAUUAUAUUCAGAAAUGAUACAUAGUAUUAAUGGUCAAUCUUAUUAUCGUUCACAUGCUCGUAUUAAAUGUAUACAAAUUGAACAAGAUACCGGUAAAAGUUUACAUAAUAUACAACAUGAUUGUAGUUUAAUUGAUUUGAAUCGUUCUGAUGUCGGUCUUAUAGAAAUUGUUACUGAACCAGAUUUUAAUUCAUCUGAUCAAACUGCUGCAUUCAUUAUGGAUUUAUCACGUUCAUUAAGACAUUUAAAAUGUUGUAAUGCUAUUGGUGCAUUUGGUGAACUUCGUGUUGAUGUCAAUGUUUCCAUUGGUCAGGAUAUAGCCAAUCAAAAUCCUCGAGUUGAAAUUAAAAAUAUUAGCACUAUUCAUGGUGUGAUUUCUUCAAUUGACUAUGAGAUUAGGCGCCAAUCUGAAAUUCUCAAUUCUGGUGGAAAAAUUACACAAGAAACUCGGUCCUAUGAUCCAGUGGAUAAUGUAACUUUACGAAUGAGAGAUAAAGAAUUAGCUCAAGAUUAUCGUUAUAUUCCUGAACCGAAUUUACCUUCUAUUAAAAUUUUAUCAAAUUGUUCAUUAUGUUCAUCUCAAUCAUCAUCCGGAUCCGCAUCAUCGUCAUCAUCUACAUUAUCAUCCGCAUCAUCAUCGCCAUCGUCGUCAUCAUCAUCUUCAUUAUCAUCCGCAUCAUCGUCAUCAUCACCAUCCAAUAAUCAAGUUUGUAUACAAUGUAUUAAAGAAAAAUAUCAUUUAAAUUCUAUAAAUUGGUCAAUGAAUUUACCUGAAUAUAAAAAACAAAUAUUUUUAAUUGAACAUGGUUUAUUAUUAAAUCGUGUAAUUGUUUUAAUUGAACAUAAUGAAUUAUGUCAAUUAUAUGAAUUAACAUUAAACUACUUAAUUGAGAUUUAUAGUAAUCAAAUGGAACAAUUCAAUGUUUUAAUUUAUGCUAAAGAAUUAAGUUUUUGGAUUACUGGUUAUAUAUAUGGUUUAAAUAAAAAUAAAACUGUAAAACGUCUUCCUAAAGUUGAACAACUGGCUGAAUUUAUACAAAUGAAUUUAACUGGACAAGUUUUUGGAUCAACAGCAGUUGAACUAUUGAGUCUAAUUAUUCACAAUGAUGAAAGUACAUAUUUUUCAGUUCAUGAGUUAGCUGUCAAACAUGAUCUAAUUUUAAUUCAAGAUCCAGAUCAAAUUAAAAUUCAAUGUGUUAAGUUAAUUAAUGAUUAUCCUAAACUGGUCAGACAAUAUAAAAAUGGUAAUAAGAAAAGUUUAAAAAAGUUGGUGAUGCAUUUAAUAACUAAUUCAAAAUGUUACAAUAAUUCUAAUAAAUUUAAUCCUCCUACUGUUAACAAAAUACUUGAACAACUUAUUUUAUCCUCCUCAUCAUCAUCAUCAUCAGCAGCAGCAGCAGCGUCAUCAUUGUCAACAUCAUCAUCUGAAUCAUCUUCUUCAUCAAUCUCAUCAUCGAUAAAUACUGGUUCAUUAUCAAGUUCGAUUGGAUUAGAUCAGAAAUGAAGGUAUGAAAGUGUAUAGGUGUAUGUGGGCGGAAGGGGCGUAGAAACUAUUUUGUAUUUGUUACGAAGUUAUAGAAGUAUAUCAUUGAGAAGAUUGUUAUUAUACCCAUAUAUAUACAUACAAUACAAUUUAGUUAUGAAGUAUUGUGUUCAUCGGUUCGUUUACGUGUUUUCUUCUCUCAGAGGAACCAAAAACAAACUAAUUCUUCUGUUAUUCAAAGAAGAAAUGUAAAUGAUACUUCUAAUUAUACUUCUUUUUUCUUUUCUUUUUUGUACAUUAGUUUUUGAAAUUAUAAAUGUAUAUUGAUGUUUACAUUCAGACGUAUAGUUGAUAUCAUUGUCAAAUAAAUUUGUUAAUUCUAGA